GAUGAGUUUCAUGUGGAACGUUGUGUAUGUGAUCAUCGCCUUAGUGGUUGUGAAGAUCAGCCAGUGGUUGUGGCAAUGGUCGAAUCCAAACUCCAAGGGCAGUGGCAAGCUACCGCCGGGGUCAAUGGGUUUUCCAAUCGUCGGAGAGACGUUUGAAUUCUUUAGGUCUUCUGGAUUACUCGAGAUCCCACCCUUUUUCCAGAAGAGGAUGCUAAGGUACGGGCCAUUGUUUCGGACCAACAUUUUGGGCUCUAGGACGGUGAUUUCGACGGACGCAGAUGUUAUCUACGAGAUUUUCCGGCAGGAGAACCAGUCUUUUAUACAAAGCUAUCCGGAUAUUUUUGUCAAGGUACUUGGAAAAGACAAUGUGUUCUUCAAGACAGGAGACAUCCACAGACAUAUCAAACAUGCCACUAUGCAUCUCAUUGGCUCGGAAGGUUUGAAGCGAAAGCUGAUAGGAUUUAUGAACCGGACCACCCGCGAGCAUCUUAGAUGGAAGGCUACCCAGGGCGCUUUCAACCUUAGGCAUGCUGCUUCAAACUUGAUAGUAUCGUACAUAACACCGCAGAUGAUUAGUAAUCUAAAACCAGAAACUCAAGAAAAGCUUAUAGAUCAUUUCAAAACUUUCAAUAUUGAGUGGUUUCAGUCACCUUUCGCCCUCUCUACCUGGAAGACUGUCUACAAAGUCCUUACGGCCCGAAAAGAAGCAGUCAAGAUAAUUAACGAAGCUCUGGAGAAGAGGAAAGAUUCAAUAGAGAAACAAGGAGACUUCCUCGAUACAUUGCUAGAGGAGAUGAAGAAAGAAGGCAGCAUUUUUUACAAAGAGUCUAUUGUAAGCCUCCUAUUAAAUAUUGGAUUCGUCUCUAGAGAUUCCACUUCUUACGCUACCGCUUUAACCGUCAACUUUAUCUCAAAAAACCCAAGAGUGCUUACGGAGUUGAAGAGAGAGCAUGAGGCGAUUGUACAAAAGAGAGACGAUAAAGAACCAGGACUUAGCUGGGAGGAGUAUAAAAACUGCAUGCCUUUCACCCGCAUGGUUAUCUACGAGUCGCUUCGGCUGGCAAACUUGGGAACCAUAAUCUUUAGAAAGGCUGUGAAAGAUGUCGAAGUCAAAGGAUACACGAUUCCAGCGGGUUGGAUAGUGGCCGUUGCACCUUCAGUGGUUCACUAUAAUUCUGAAAUUUAUGAGAAUCCAUUGGAGUUUAAUCCAUGGAGAUGGGAGGGAAAAGAUUUGCAGUCGCCAGGGUCUAAAACAUUGAUGGUGUUUGGAGGUGGAGCAAGACAGUGUAUAGGAUCAGAUUUAGCAAGACUUCACUUGGCAGUCUUCAUUCAUCAUUUUGUAACCACUUACGAUUUCUCGGUGGUCCAAGAAUGUGAGAUAUGUCGGGUACCAUUUCCUUUCUUCACCAAGGACCUGGUUAUAAACAUCUCCCUCAAGUCUCCCAGCUAGGUGAACGCUGCAGUUCCAUAUCUGAAAAAUCAGAUCAUAAUAAUAUAUUCCAAUUCUCCUUUCAUGCUUUUUUCCUUCUUAAUGCAAAUAACGAAUAGUCCCGAGGAAUGUACGAAUC